UUUUAUUAUAAUAAUAAAUAAAUGUCCAUCUCCCGAGAUUAGUUUUUAUUUUGGAUCCUUUCUAAAGUUGAUUUGUGCCUCUCCUUGGAAAUUAGGGUUUCUUCUCCUUCUUGUGGCGAUUUAGUGAUUUGAGUGUAGAGAGAUCCGAUUAGCUCGUCGUCUUCGUCAUCAAUCAGCCACCAUGUUCUGGAAGUUGACUGCUCUCUCUGCUGCGUCCCCGGUCGAGUCCAUAUUAGACAAAGAAGACUUCACUCUCGAAGAACUCCUGGAUGAGGAAGACAUUAUCCAAGAAUGCAGAGCUUUGAACAGCCGUCUCAUUAAUUUUUUGAGAGAAAGAGCUCAAGUGGAACAGUUAUUACGUUUUAUUGUUGAAGAAUCUCCAGAGGAUGCUGAUAGCAAGCGUGCUUUCAAGUUUCCUUUCAUUUCCUCUGAAGUCUUGACUUGCGAGAUUGAUGUCAUUUUGAAGACUUUAGUCGAGGAGGAGGAGCUAAUGGACCUGCUCUUCUCUUUUUUGGAACCAAACCGUUCCCACAGCGUAAUGCUAGCUGGGUAUUUCAGCAAGGUUGUCAUAUGCCUCAUGUUGAGGAAGACUGUCCCACUGAUGAAUUAUGUAAAAUACCAUCUACAGGCCCAUCAGAAUGUUUUCCAGCAACUUGUUGAUUUGAUCGGGAUUACGUCCAUUAUGGAGGUUCUAGUUCGGUUGGUUGGUGCGGAUGAUCAUGUGUAUCCCAACCACGGGGAUGUGAUGCAAUGGUUAGCUGACAGCAAUCUGCUUGAAAUGAUCGUUGAUAAGCUUAGCCCAUCAAAUUCUCUCGAAGUUCAUGGAAAUGCUGCUGAGACACUCUGCACUAUUGCUCAAAAUGCACCAUCACCUUUGGCUACGAAACUCUCUAGCUCAAGUUUUGUUGCAAGGAUAUUUGGUCAUGCUUUUGGAGAUCCUCAGUCCAAAUCUAGCCUUGUCCACACACUCUCUGUGUGCAUUUCGCUGUUAAGCCCAAGAAGAUCUUUGGUUUCUUCUCCCUUUAUGUAUUCAUUCAGGGGCCAACAAAUCUUUGAGUCUCCAAUUUCUGUGAAUCCGGAGACGAUUGCCACCAUGCUGCCUAGACUUGGUGACUUUGUCGCACUUUUGAACGUGACAUCUGAUGAAAAGGUGUUACCUACAAGCUAUGGGCAGUUGAGGCCUCCCCUUGGCAGUCAGCGUUUGAAGAUUGUGGAGUUCAUUGCUGUCUUACUGAAAACCCGAAGUGAAGCUACAGGAAAAGUACUAGCUACCUCAGGAGCUGUUAGACGAGUCCUUGAUUUGUUCUUCGAGUACCCAUAUAAUAAUGCACUGCACCAUCAGGUAGAGAGUAUACUAGUAUCGUGUUUGGAGAGCAAAUACGAGGAGAUGAUUGACCAUCUUCUCCGUGAGUGUGACUUGAUUGGAAAAAUUCUUAAAAUAGAGAAACAGCCAAUCCUUUCUGGUGAUAACCAGCCAACGAUACCUGCUGCUGGAAAGCAGGCUCCGCGGGUAGGAAAUAUCGGUCAUAUCUCAAGAAUUUCAAACAAGCUUGUUCAGCUGUCAACUAACAGUAACUCGAUAAAGACUUUACUUGAGGAACAUAACGAAUGGGGCGAGUGGGAAGCUAAUACAUUGCAUGACCGAAACACGGUUGAGAAUGUUUAUCGCUGGGUUUGUGGACGCCCAACUGCAUUACAUGAUAGGACUAGGGACAGUGACGAUGACAAAGUUCACGACAGGGAUUAUGACCUUGCUGGUUUGGCUAAUAACUUGAACCAGUUUAGAUACAACAUGCAAGAGAAUAAUGGUGCUGAGGAGGAGCAUGGUUCCAAUGACAGAGACGAAGAGGAUGUCUACUUUGAUGACGAGUCUGCUGAAGUUGUUGUAUCAUCUCUAAGGCUUGGUGAUGAACAGGCCAACAAUUUAUUCGCAAACUCGAACUGGUUCACUUUCCAAGGAGAUGAGUUGGGUGAGAACACAGGAGCAGGGGGGAUUCCUUCGGAGGAAGCAAUGGAAGAUGUAAGCUUGGAUGAAACUUCCGGUAAUGGAGAUGAAGAAGACUGUUUGAUUACGGAAAGCAAGAACCCUUUUGUGGCCACAGCUUCAACCUCAGAAGCAGUCUCUGUAGACAGCAUACCUGGAGGUAUCGAGAUCGAUGAAGAUGUGGUUUCGGAUGAUUCGUCACCCGAAAGGGUUGAACGUGGAGAUGCUUCUUCUCCCACUGCACAGGUCAAAGAUCCGUUUCCUGAAGAUGACGUCAAGAUGCCUGAUGUGAGAGUCCCAAACGGUUCUUCAUCCUCAGAAGGUGAGAUUAGCCCGAGAUCACCGCCUGUGCCUUCAUUGUUUGAAAAAGACGUUGAGUUCGUGGGCGUGGAGCCAGAAGGAACCGAGAGGGCAAUGGAUCAAGCUCUCAAGGAAGGGAUAGUGGGAGAAGCAGGGCCAAUGAAGAGGAGCAGCACCACAGCUUCUCCGGGAAAGGAGAGCUCUGAUGAGAAUAUGCAGCAGGAGUACAACGACACUAACUACUGGAAGAUCGAUCAGGAGGUGGCCGUGGUUGAAUGAUGAUGUGGGCAUAUCGUUGUCUGCAGGACUACCUAGCAGAAAGGGAAGCUGGACAGGUGAACGUUGUUAUUGAUCGAGCCCGUGAAGCAGUGGCGGGAAUGAGUGACGUCUAAAUGGGGAUCAGUUCUGAAGGAUAUGUCCUUGUAUCCGGUUUGAAUAAUUAUUUUACAUGCAUAUAUAUAUGUGUGUGACUUUUGAGGUUGAAAUUAGCAAACAAAUAUGGAUUUACCUUUUGUUUUUGAAAUCUUUGAAAUAUGUAACUAAAACUGAUUUAGUUUUUAAAGCAAUGGAUUAAAAAUAUUUUUG